AAUUCACGUGCUAUUGGGAGCAUUGUCCUAGGAAAACCAAGCCAUUUAACGCCAGAUACAAGCUACUGAUCCACAUGAGAGUGCACAGCGGUGAAAAACCGAACAAAUGUCCAUUCAAAGGAUGCAAUAAGGCGUUUUCCAGACUGGAAAAUCUGAAAAUCCACCAGCGGAGCCACACCGGAGAAAGGCCUUAUUUAUGCCAGUUUACUGGAUGUUCAAAGUGUUUUUCCAACAGUUCCGAUCGGGCCAAACAUCAAAGAACCCACUUUGAUACCAAACCCUACGCUUGCCAAGUGAUGGGUUGCUUAAAAAAAUACACGGACCCCAGUAGUCUAAGAAAACAUGUGAAGAACCACAGCCACGAGGAGCAGUUGCAGAUCAAAAAGAAAAGUCAAGAAGAGUCAAUGUUCUCCAACGUAACCGUGCGGAAAUUCUUGGAUCCAAGCAGACAGAAAGCCAUAAAAAUUGAACCAGUGUUCAAUUCAAAAACCGACCAUACCUAUUCCAAUGCGCCAGAAAAGACGCUGGAAAUAGGGCGAUACUUGUCGGUAAACGUGAAACAGGAUUUGAAAAAUAAGAUCGAGAAGAAUAAAAUAAGAAAACUGAUUUUUUAGACACUCAAACGUUAGUUAAUUAGGGACCAAUAAUAAGAUUGUGAUAUGUACUAUAGUGUAAACAUUUAAAGUCGAAUU